AAGUGAGAGGAAUGUUAAAUUUCAGAUUUGGAGUUUCUGAGCACAUAUCAGGAUUAUACACUGCUGCUCUCAGUGUAGAACAUCUGCAGUGCACUGAAGACUGAGUGGAUGGAUGGAUUAGAUUCUCUCUGGAGGCUGGGGCUCCUCAUACAGGUCUUAAGUGUCCCUGGUCUGAGCGGUCAGUCCUCUGUAUAUAUACAGGUGGAGUUUUGCCAUUUUCCUUCCAGUUCUGAGACGGAUACUCACACACUGUUGCUGGGAAACAAGGUGCUGAACAGCAGUACAGUGUGUGAGAGUGUGUGUCAGUGUGUUAUAGAUGCAAAUGUGCCGCAGAAAGCUGAGGAGCUGAAUCUAACACUGCAGUCAUACAGACACACUCAGCUGCUGGAAAGUCGGCUGUUUCAGCUGAUUCCUUUACAGAUCUCCUUUCUGAAGGUGGAGGUCUCUUCUACCAGCGCUCUGUUGAGCUGGACUGGGUGGAGUAAAGGUCAAGCGCUGUGGAUAUGUGUAGAUCAGCAGUGCUGGCUCCUGUCCUCCUCUCAGCCGUCCCGUCUGGUAACAGGACUACUGCCUAGAACUCAUUACAGCAUCACUGUGAGACAGAAAACAAACAUCCCCCCACUCAACAUCACCAUCACACAGAACCUGCAGCUGGCCAUAAAGACAGGACAGUGUCCUGCAGGCUGGCUGGCUGUGGGAUGGAGCUGCUUCCGGGUGAGGUUCGGUGUGGGUCUAACGUGGGCAGAGGCCCAGCAGGCAUGUGAGAGGACAGCUACUGGGGGUCAUCUGGCCAAUUUAAAGACAGAAGCUGAAUUUGUGUCUGUUUCCACCCAUCUGCAAUCCCAUAACCACCUUCUGCUACUGUGGACUGCUCUAAAUGACCGACAGCAAGAGGGUGACCUGCGCUGGUCUGAUGACUCCACCUACAGCCUGGACAUUGAUGUGACAUCAUCACCCCUCUCAGCCAAUCAGACGGACUGUGUUGCCCUUCAGAAGAACGCCUCCGGGCCAGGCUACCUCCUCACCUCGCUGUUCUGUUAUCUGCAACUGCCCUACAUCUGUCAGACAGACUUGCUGCAGGGCUUGUUUGCUGGGCUGCAGGUGGAGAGUGUGUCUGAGACAGGGGCAAGUGUUCGCUGGUCGAAUCUCUCUCAGGUCCUGCACUCGGCUGCCGGGGCUCGGCUCCGCCUCCACUAUGAGAAGUGGUCGGGGAAGCGAGUGCUCACACACACACCCCUCUCACACACUGAAGACAGAUUGGUUGUGUAUGGACUCUCCCCUGGACACGUCUAUUACUUCUCACUCAGUCUCACGCACCCCAGCGGAGCCUCUCAGACACUCGGCCCCAUUUCCAUCGCUAAAACCAGGCCGAACCCUCCGCUCAACAUCACAGUGACAGAGGUCACAUCCAGUCAGAUUGCACUGUCUUGGGAUGCUCCUGACUCUGCCCUGAAUGCUGUGUUUGAGCAGUUUGUCCUGCGCUGGAUGGACGUACGCUCAGGCAGAGGGAAGGGCCUGUGGUUAAACAGAGGAAACCUCAGCGCUGUGAUUGAUGGGUUGGAGGCCUAUCAUCAGUUCCGGAUUACUGUACAGUCAGUCACAGUGGAGGGGGUGGAGAGCUCUAAAGCCACACCCCUGUCUGUCAUCACAGAAGUCAGUCCCCCAUACAAUGUAUCAGCAUCAAAUAUUGGGCGGGAGAACAUGACUGUGUGCUGGGAGCCUUCUCAUGAUGGUAAUGUUGAUGGAUAUCACAUUCAACUGCGCCCACAAACAAGUGAUGUUGAGCCCAAAGAAUUCUGGGAGAGCAGCUCAGACUGCAUCACACUUGACAUGCUUGUGCCAGGUGAGACAUACGAAGUGGGGGUGGCUGCGGAAAAAGGCGGGAACAGGAGCAGGGAGCGAACCAUUCAACAAACACUAAAGCCAGAGAGGGUCCAGGAUGCUGUCCUGUAUGCAGCAGACACACAGUCUGUGGUGCUGUUUGUGCAGCUACCUGGCAGCCGCAGUGUGUAUGAUGGUCUCACUGUUGCAUAUCAGAGCAACAGCACCUGGAUACCCAUCUCUAAAAGUAGCAGCAAGGUUUUGGUGAGCAAUCUAAAUCCAGGAACUCUGUAUGCGUUCCAGCUGUUUGUCACCAGCAGAGAAAUGAGCAGUGAUGGCUUCAUUAUGCUCCCCGUCAGAACCUGUCUGGCUCCUCCUGUGCAUGUGCGUACUGGUGAUGUAACACACAGCUCAGUCGAGGUUCUGUGGGACAGUGCAGAGGGACGUGGCCACUCGUAUGAAGCACUUUGUGUAAACUGUGCUGACACUGUCAUGGUGCAGAAGGUUUUGGAGACUAGAGCAGUUUUUGAGGCUGUGAUCCCAGGGAAACUGUGUAACAUCUCAGUGCGCACAGAGAAGGAGUCCUUCAGAGACAGUGCAGCUGUGUUUCUCACCAUCAGGGCAUUUCCCAGUUCAGUCACACUACUACCAGUUCAAAGGACAGCAGCAUCUCUCUCUGUGCGCUGGACGGAUGGACCCGGGGUGUGCGACUCCUUCGUUCUGUCCAUCAGAAACUUCACCUAUAACCUGCAGACCAGCCUGAGCGUCUCUGAUGAGAGAUUCUACCAUGUUGGGAAUCUCCCACCCGGAAGCUUUUACACUGUUGAGGUGAUCAGUGUUAGCGGAGAGAGACACAGUGUUCCCACAGCUGUUACUGUGAAUACAUUUCCAGCCCCUCCUGAUGAUGUCACCUUUAUUGAGCAAGAAGGAAAUGCCAUGUACAUCACCUGGACACGCCCACUUGGAAGAGUGGACGGUUACAGGCUGCGUUAUGGCCUGGAUGCAGAUAUUCCUCCACUCCACCAGGUUAAUGUUCGUGGCAGCAGUGUGAGGAUAAAUGACCUGACUCCAGGAAAUGAUUACAAGUUGGAGAUUCAGUCCUUCCUGGGCUCUGAUUUCAGCCAGAGUGUUUUUAGGAACACCUCCACUAGGCCUGCAGGUGUGUGUUCUCUCUCUCUGUCACACACCAACUCCUCGUCUGCCACACUGCUGUGGGACUCUGCUGCUGGCCAGUUUGACUUCCACCAGGUGACCGUCAGAAACAGCUCACACCACUGGGUGCUAAACGUGAGCAAUUACACUCAGGAGUACACACUGAGCGGCCUGAGGGACGGCUGCUCUUACAACGCCACGGUGGAGCGGGUCAGGAGGACACUGAGCGGGGCAACUGCCAGUCUCACCAUAAACACAGUCCCUGCUGUCCCUGCAAAUGUGUCUGUGGUCAGUGUGUCCCUCCGCUGGUUCUCCCUCCGCUGGCUGCCAUCCUCUGGAUGUGAUCAGCAGUAUUCAGUCCAGCUCGUCCCAGACCAUGGAAAUGUCACCAUGACAACCACAAUAGAUGGGCAUUUACAGGCUAACGUGUCCAGUGUGACUCCAGGUACCUCAUAUACUGUAACAGUCAGCUCAGUGGCCUCCUCAGGUCUCAGCUCUCCUGUCAGCCGCAUCAUUACAACCAUUCCUCCAGCUCCCUCUAAACCAGAGGGAGAGCGGGUAGGCUCUAAUGGAAUCCUGCUCUCCUGGCGGAUGCCGUCGCCUCCGGACCCGACUAUCCACUCCUUCAUCAUAAGAUACAAGGAGGUGUGUCCACACCCUGACCCCACCUUCACUGAGAUCACCAAAAGCCUGGACAUCCCAGAAACACUGCUCAACACACUCUCACCCGGGGCCACUUAUAACAUCAAGGUUGCAGCAGUAAACAGGGCGGGGACUGGACCUUUUAGCCAAUCACUUUACUUUAAAACUGCAGAAGCCCCUCCUGGCCUGGUAACAAAUCUCACAGCCUACGCUCAGAAUGACUCCUUCGUGAUGGUGACGUGGUUUCUACCAGUACGCAUAAAUGGACUCAUUACUAAGUUUGCAGUUAAAGCCAAACACGCAAGAACUGGGCAGACAGUCCAGACUCUGGAGCUCAACGCUGAGGACAUCAUGAACGGAGCUCUGCCCCACUGUAAUGAUGCUGCCGACAUUCUGUCUCGUGGAACUCCCAGUCCGUCUGAGUCCUCCCUGAUGACUUCUGCUGCUCUGCCCUCAGUCACGCUGUCGGCCAUUCCUCCGGCCUCCACCUGGAGUGUGCCAAUCAGCGUGGGAAUGGAUAAGCUCCGCCCCUACACAGCUUAUGUGUUUGAGGUCUCUGCCUUCACCAGCGAUGGAGAGGGACAGAUUGCCAGCACUAUGGUCCGAAUGCCAGAGGCUGCCCCUCAGGAUUCGCCGCAGAAUCUGUCAGUUUGGAACAUCACCUCCAAAUCCCUCUUUCUGUCCUGGGAGCCUCCGACCAUUAUCACAGGACGCUUUACUUAUGUCGUCCAGCUCUACGGCCCAGCAGGUCUUAUUAGUGAAAACAGUACGAGUGAGCAGAUGUUUAUGUACACUGGACUGACUCCAUACACACGCUAUCGUAUGGUCGUCAUGGCCAAAUCAGCUGGAUCCACAGGUCCUGCAGCAGAGAACAGCAUCUCAACACCUUCAGAGGCUCCGGGUGCAGUGUCUGAUCUGAGAGCAGCAGCUGUAGACUCCACAUCUGUACGUCUGUCCUGGGGAAUCCCCAGCCAGCCCAACGGCCUCAUCACCCGCUACCGUAUACUGGUCCUGUUCCACGAUAUACUCGUACAGGACAUUACCCUCAGACGACUACAGCAGGAUGUAAAUAAGACGGGAGAAGGUGUUGGUACGUUGCUAGGAGGUUACUAUGACAGCAGCUCUCGAGUGCUGCGUCGCUCUGCCAGGUCAACUAAUAUCACCACGGCAACCGCACAGUCCACCAUCACCCCUGCCUCCCCCGACUCCACCAGCACCGACAAGCUGAACACUCACACUCCCAACCAACUCCCCACUCUCUCAUUCACUGCAAGAACGGCCGAGCAGCCCCUCACUGCGAGCCCCCCCGCCACACCCCCACCCUGGCUCACUGUCACCACCAACCCUCGCACUGCUACACCCUACGACUCUCUCACUGCAUCCUUCACUGACCUUUUACCUGUGACCUCGGGCUCUGACCACCCACCCCCUCUUAGCCCCGCCCAGCCACAGCCCUCCACCAGGGCUGCGGUCACAGGGUUCACCUUCCAGCCCCGCCCCUCCACACAGACCGCCGUCACCAGCUGGAUCGAGGUUCUGCCAGCUGCUGAAGAGAUAAUGGAUCUGUCCUCUGAUCACAUCUCCUACAUGGUGAAGAGACUGAGUCCUUUUACUGAAUAUAACUUCAGCGUAUCUGCUUACACCACUGUGGGAGAAGGUCCUUCCACACUAAUCACAGAGAAAACUACAGAGCAGGUUCCCAGUUCAGUUCAGGAUGUGUCCUAUCAGAACAUAAGCUCCACCUCUGUCCUCGUGAGCUGGAGUCCACCUCUGAACCCUAAUGGAAAGAUCACACACUACACUGUCUAUCUGCUCAACCUGCACAGCCAUGAAGCCCAGCAGCAGAUGACGAAUGCCACCAGUAUAGUCCUCAGAGGUUUGGACAAAUACACUCGAUAUAAGCUGCGUGUGGCUGCGUCGACUGCAGUCGGGGAGAGCCCCCUGUCUGUAGAGGAUGACGUUUACAUACUGACACCUGAGGAUGAACCUGACUCUCCUCCACGAGAUCUGGCUGUAGUGAACACCACCUCCUCCACCGCCACCAUCACCUGGUCUCCUCCUGACAAGCCCAACGGCAUCAUUCGCCUGUAUGAAAUCUUCUACAGCAACGCCACCUACAGCCACACAGUUAACAGCACUGUAUCCAGCGUCACACUGCGCAACCUGAAGCCUUACUCCCACUACAACGUGAGCGUACAGGCGUACACACUGCUCGGCAACGGGGACCAGACCUCACCCACCCUGCAGAUGAUGUCAGGAGAGGAUGUUCCUGGCAGUCCUCCAUAUGGUCUGGCGUAUGAGAGCAUCAGCUCCAGUGAGGUGAACGUGACGUGGUCGCCCCCUGUUGUUCCCAACGGCAUCAUCUUGUACUACAAUGUGGAGUACUGGAACUCCACACACACCCUAAACCUCACCACACACACUCCCUUCACUGUCCUGUCCAACCUGCGCAAGUACGCUAACUACCGCCUCGCUGUGCAGGCAGCCACGCAGGUCGGCCUGGGCAACCACAGCAGCGAGAUCCUGAACAUCACCACCCUGGAGGAUGUGCCGAGUGGUCCGGUCCACAAUCUCUCAGCUCAGCUCUACGGCUCCACAGCUGUCGUGAUUAGUUGGGACCCCCCUCUGGAGCCCAACGGUAGAGUCUUCUACCAGCUGAGCUUACUGGAGGCGGGCAUCACACACCCCUCCAUCAACCGCACAGAAAACCGCACCAUCACCAAGACCACCACCGACACAGUGUUCCUCUUCACCAAACUCAGAAAGUACUUCCCCUAUGUUCUAUACGUUACCCCAGCAACCAGUGCAGGCUCCGCCCUAAAUCACACCUCUGUGCUUCACCUGAGAACGGAUGAUGACAUUCCUAGUUCUCCUCCAGUGCACAGUAUGAGCAGGAACCUCUCUGCUACAUCUGUGCUGGUAUCCUGGUAUUCGCCUGUUGAGACGAACGGGGAGAUAAUUGAAUAUGCCCUGGUUCUAAAUGGUCCUAAAGGAUCGAACAGCUCAUACACACCUGACACCUAUUUUAUUCUCAUGUACCUCACCCCGUACACGUCCUACAACCUCUCCAUCUCUGCGGUGAAUCGCAGGGGCAUGGGCCCCUCCCUCAUGCUGGCUCUGCACACUGACGAAGCAGGUCCAAUGUCUCCUCCGCGAAAUCUGAGCAUCUUUAACCACUCGUCAGACUCGGUGUGGCUCCACUGGGAACCUAGUCUGGAGCCCAAUGGUCUGAUUCAACAUUACGGAUUCAGAAUAGUGGAACUGAACACAAACACUGUUACAUACCAGAACUCGUCAGAUGCCUCCACUCAAGCAGAAUUAAGUGGCUUCAAACCUCACAGCUCAUAUGAGAUAAGUGUGUGUACCUACACUAGAGUGGGCAAUGGAGAUCAGUACAGUCUUCCAGUUACCUUCACCACCAAUGAAUCAGUGUCAGAGGCAGUUGGGAAUCUGUCCUGUUCAGGCCUGGACUGGGAUUCAGUCUAUAUGGAAUGGGAGCCUCCGGUUAAUCCCAAUGGGGAGAUUCUGCUUUACCUGAUUCGCUCAGGAGAAUUUAAUGAGGAGGUGUAUCCUCUAACACUCCCAGAUACAGAAAUACUGACACACACAUUCAGCGGCCUGAAGCCUGAUUCUUUCUAUGUGAUCUCUGUGGCUGCGGUGAACUCUGAGGGACCAGGAGAGGAAGCUAACUGCACAGCUCACACUCCUCCAGAAUCAGUUCCAGGUCCUCCUCAGAACCUCUCUGUGUUUAACACCUCUUCUAACGCUGUGACUCUGAGCUGGCUUCGUCCUGCGCGGGUUCCAGGGCUGCUGCGGGGUUACAGGGUGGAGAGGCAGCGUUUGAGUCAGGCGUGUGAAGCAGGGGAAGAUCUGUCCUGCGUGGAGAGUGAGAUUGUGAUGUCUGUAAAGGGGACAGGAGAUCAGGAGAUGGUCACUCUGCAGUCUCUGCUCAAAUUCAGACGCUAUAGGAUCAGGGUGGUCGCACUCACUAAUGCUGGAGCAGGAGAGCCUACAGAGUGGAUCUAUGUACAGACACUUGCAGGAAACCCUGAUGCUCCCCCUCGCUCUAUCUCAAUAACUCCAACUUCCUCCGGACUAAAAAUCGAGUGGGACGAACCAGAAAUCAUCUCAGGACCCACCUCUUACCUCAUUGACGUUGUUGCUUUGGACGGUUCGGGACGCAAUAUCAGUAAAGUGAGGGAGUGGAUAGAAAUGAGGGCAGUGCUGAUUGGGAAUUUGACUGCGUUUACUCAGUACUCAGUUACUGUCACUGCCUUCACUGGAGACGUGGCUGAUGCUCACAGAGACGGCAUGUCCUCUGAGCCUGUUCUCGUCAGAACACUGGAGGAGGAACCAAAAGAUCCACCCAAAAACCUGACCCUCACAGUGAUCCCAGAGGAGGUGACUCGUGUAUAUGUAACAUUCUUACCGCCGGACGAGCCGAACGGGAACAUCAGCGCAUACCGUGUGUCCAUCUAUCGUGAUGGACAGCUGGACUUCCACCUCAACAUCAACAGCCAGAGUGUGAUCAGCAACCCAAACAAAACCAUGACUGCUGUAAUAGAUGGGCUUAAGGGAGGCUUUAACUACAGCAUACGGAUAUCUGCAGUGAAUGGAGCAGGUUUAGGGCCCAGCUCAGAAGUUAGAGUCACUACAGGAAUGAAAGCCCCGCCCACACCGAACAAAAAGCCUAUGGUAGCUUUAAACAUUGCAGGCGCUAUUAUGGCAACAUCCAAAACCAUAACCAUCGAGAUGCCUGAGUGUUUCUUCUCUGAUGACAACGGUCCCAUUAGGAAGAUUCAGGUCAUCAUCUCUGAGCCUGCAGUGAUGGACUACAAUAACGUGUCUAACUGGAAGAGUGUGUUCCUCCAUCCUCCUGCUCCGUACUUCACUGAUGAAGGCUUUCCUAACCCGGAGUGUCGUGAGGGUCUGAACCGCGGGGAAACGCAGAGCGGCACAUACAUUAUAGGAGCAGACGACUGCUUCUCUGAAGAGGCUCAGACACUCUGUAACGGACCCCUCAAACCAAGAACUUACUAUGUAUUUAAGUUUCGUGCAACAAAUAUCCUGGGCCAGUACACAGACUCCGCGUACUCAGACCGGGUCAGAACUGCAGACGACCAGCUCCUGACUCGAGAUGAGCAGAUCAUCCUGGGAGUGCUUCUGUCAUUUUUCCUGGCUCUGUUUUUGAUCUUGAUUAUAUAUGCGUCUGUGCGGAUUCAUCAGAGGAAGAUGGAAGGCGGGACCUAUUCUCCACGGGAAGCAGAGAUCAUUGAGACGAAGCUAAAGCUGGAUCAGCUGAUUGCAGUGGCUGACAUGGAGCUGAAAGAGGAGAAAAUCAACCGGUACUCCUCCUUUUUCUUUAGGAGGAAGGAGAUAUUUGUGAUCCAGCUGCUCAGUUAUAGGAAAUCUCUUAAGCCAAUCAGUAAGAAGGCUUUCCUUCAGCACGUGGAGGAUCUCUGUGCCAAUGAUAACGCCAAGUUUCACGAGGAAUUUGCUGAGCUGCCGAAGCUUCUGCAGGAUCUGGCCACAUCUGAUGCUGACCUGCCGUGGAACCGCUCCAAAAACCGCUUUACAAACAUUAAACCCUACAACAAUAACAGGGUGAAGCUGCUGUCUGAGCCGGGAAUUCCAGGGUCUGAUUACAUCAAUGCUAGUUUUGUCUCUGGCUAUCUGUGUCCUAAUGAGUUUAUAGCGACUCAGGGUCCUCUGCCUGGCACAGUAGCUGAUUUCUGGAGAAUGAUCUGGGAGACCAGGACCAAGACUGUUGCCAUGCUGACUCAGUGCUUUGAGAAGGGUCGGAUUCGCUGUCAUCAGUACUGGCCAGAGGACAAUAAACCCGUCACUGUGUUCGGAGACAUCGUCAUCACAAAGCUAACAGAGGACGUCCACCCGGACUGGACCGUCAGAGCGCUCAGAGUGGAGAGGCACGGAGACUACAUGGUGGUGCAUCACUUCAACUACACGUCCUGGCCGGAGCACGGAGUUCCAGAGUCCAGCUCCACACUCAUCCAGUUCGUCAAAGCUGUCAGAUCAAACAGGGGCCACGACAACACAACCAUCGUAGUUCACUGCAGUGCCGGCGUGGGCAGAACUGGAGUGUUUAUAGCUCUGGAUCACCUGAUUCAGCAUGUGAGAGAUCAUGACUUUGUGGAUGUGUAUGGGCUGGUGGCGGAGCUGCGCAGUGAGAGGAUGUGCAUGGUGCAGAACCUGGCUCAGUAUAUGUUUCUGUAUCAGAGCACUCUGGAUCUGCUGACCAGCAAAGGCAACAGUCAGUCCAUCUGGUUCGUCAACUACUCCGCUCUGGAGAAGAUGGACUCACUGGACGCUAUGGAAGGUGACGUUGAGUUGGAGUGGGAAGAGACGACAAUGUAAAGGAUGACAUUGAUUCUUAUGAACUUUGUCUGUGAAGACUUCACUGACGUCUGAGAGACACAGAACAAACGGAUGAACCCUGGAUGUAGACUACUGGGACACUGCGGCCAAACAGAGCAAACACAGGCACAUCUUUUAUCUGACAGCUUGCACACGUACUGUGCAUGUGUGUGUGUGUGUGUGUGUAGGUGUGUGUACGGAAUACUUAUCACACUGCUUCACCACAUCCUCCUCUGAUUGCUAGGAAGGCGAGUAAAACGCAGUUUGACUGUAAAAGACCUCUUAGAAUUAUCUGUCACACUAAAGACGUGGUGCACUGUUUCACUGUGCAGCGACUCCUGCACUAUAUGAAGAAUUAGAAGGAUUUUGCAGGGCUGAAUGGGUAAAAAUUCUCUGUAUAAGAACUGUGUGUGUAAAAAUGCUCACUUCAUGCCUUCCCCAAAACCUUUAUUUGCAGUACUCUCUGAAUUAUUAUCAAUUGGAUAGCACAGAGCACCAUAAAACAAAUAACACAGUAAGAUGUAAGACUCCAGAUAGCGUUCUAUUUCUUGAUAUGAAAAUAUUUUUGAGAUGAUUAUUUUUGUACUGGUGUUCCCUGGGAAUGUUUGGUGAGUGUUUUUUUUAGGUAGUAUUCCUCGGUUUCUAAUGUAUUUAAGAAACACAGGAACAGAACUGCUUGUAGGAUUAUUGGAAAGGCAAAUGAAACUCUCCUUUUUAACUGGAGAAGUAAAUAAUAAUUUAGCAGACUGGAGUGUUGGUGCUCUAGUCUGAACUGCACGUCUGUUAGAAAGGCAUAUUUAAAUCUUCUUUGUACAAGAAAAUGCCUUUUGGGUGAUUUAGUAGAUGUGGUGAGCCUUUUGCAAAGAACAAUGAGUGAAAAUACCUUCCUUAAAACCUUCUCUGACCAACUCAGAGUACUGAAAUGCAAUGAGAUGGUCACAGGGGGCCGCAUUUCAUUUCAAGUAUCAUAAGAUCUUGGUUUUCAGGAAGGCAUUUGCUCAUUUCCUAAUGUAAUUAAGAAAUACCUAAUAACAGGAAUAGUGGAGGUGGAGAUAAUGCUCCAAGAAGAAACAAAGAAUGAAGAAAUAUGUGUGUACAAUAUACAAUAUUCCUAAUACUUUCCCUCAAAACCUCCUCUGACCAGCAGAGAGGGGCCAAUUUUGUUAAUUAUUAUAAGAAGUCCUUCAUUUUCAGAUAGCAAUUUACUCAUUUCCUAAUGUAAUUAAGAGGUACCAGAUAGCAGGAACAGAGGAUGUUGAAAUUCUGCUCUGACAGAUACUGAUCUGAGAGAGCUGCUCCAGUAGAGCUGCUCGUAUUAUUGUUAGUAAGGCAAAUCAACCCCCCACUGUUGACUGUUGAAAGAUCUUCAGGUUGGUUUAGCAGACUGGAGUGGUAGUGCACUAUUCUACUGUGCAGCAGCAUUUGCACAAAUAUAUAUAAAAAGCUAGAAGCCUUUUGCAGCUCACUUAAGUGGUGGUGCACUAUUCUACUGUGCAGCGACAACUGCAAAAAUACAAGAAUUAGGAGCCUUUUUCCAGAAACAGUGGGUGAAAAUCCCCUACAUAAGAAUGAGGAGUGUAUGCUCCAGACAAUGCAACUAUCUUAACUGGUAUAUUUUACCUAAAACCUUCUCUGACCAACACAAAUUACCAAAUGCAAAGAGAUGGUGUUAGAAGCGGGCAUUUAAUUUAUUAGUUGUUCUGAACAUUUCAACAGGACAGGCAAACCAAGCAAUUGCCUGUGGUCCCCAGAAAGUGACUGAGUAUAAAUUGAAUUUAACGACAAACUGUGUGAGAGGCUGUUUAUAUUUUUUAAUGGUCAAUGCAGGAGCAUAUAACCAGACUGGAACAUGUUCAGCAGUAUCCAUAUACACCAUAUACAGCUGUUCACUGUCUUUAACAGUAGAACGGAUAAACCUGUCUUUUAUAUCUGACAAGAUUUGAUUAACCUUACAUGUCUUUACUCAUCUUAAGAUUCUUUAUAUGGUUCUAUUCGUGGACACGCUCUGUCUGUGCGUUGUAAAAGAGAGGAGGCACAGAGCAUUUUGCCUUAAUCUUGGUCAAAAAUUGCUUUGCUGUUUAAACUACACUUACUGUGGUGGGGUUAAUUUUGCUUUGGGCCCCCAAAUGUCUUGGUCCUGUUAGUAGUGUAAGAUCUUCAUUUUUGAUGAAGACAUCUACUCGGAUCCUCAUGUAACUAAGAAAUACAAUACAGGUUAAGAUAAAGCUCAGAAAGGUACUGCUUCUAGAUAAACGCUCAUAGGGUUGUUAGAAAGGCAAAUCUGAACCCCAUUUUACAGCAAAAUGUCCUAAGAAUCACUUAUCAGACUGGACUGGUGGUGCACAAUUCUACUGUGCAGAACAAACAGCAAAAAUAUUAAACAUUAGAAGCCUAUUUCAAGAAUAAAUCAGUGAAUAUACUUUAAAUGAGAAUUAUGUGAACUGCAGUUCUUUAGCCAUGCCAUAUAAACAUUAAAAUAUAUAAAUCAUAUUCUAGACCUGUCAAAAGACUGUUCCUGUUUCACAUUGUCUACAUUUAUAUCCCUUAUUCUUAACACUACAAGCAGCAGAUUAUGGUGUGAUAUAUCCAGUUCACUCGCUCAUGGUCUGUCUGGAAGAACUGCUCUCCUCCGCCUUUGCCCCAUCUUAUAUCCCUCCACUAAAACAGCAGGUUGCAAUAUAUUACAUCAUUCAUGUAUUUAUUCAUGCAUUGGUUGAGUAGAUCACACAUUAUCUAAAGAAGGACCCAGCACUUGUCACCUCACUCUGUGUCUUAUUUCUACUCAGUUAUUGUUUUUGUCAUAAAUUAUUAAGCCAAAUGAGUGUUUGUGUCAGGAGCUAGUAAUACACGACUUUUUCUGAGUGUAUAUUUUCAGAUGAAGCAGUAUUUGUGUUUUAAAAUAAAUGUGUUUUUUUGUUCUUCUGAAAUGUGUAGACUGUCUCACAGUUAUGAAUAUUGGAUGAAAA